AUGUCGACGACCGCCUCCGUCAUUAUCAUCGGCGCCGGAAUCUCCGGAAUAUCGGCGGCCAAGGAGCUCGCCGAGAACGGAGUAGAGAACGUAUUGAUACUAGAAGCGACGGAUCGGAUCGGAGGAAGAAUACAGAAACAGAGUUUCGGUGACGUGUCGGUGGAGCUCGGUGCCGGUUGGAUUGCCGGCGUUGGUGGUAAAGAGUCUAAUCCUGUCUGGGAACUCGCUUCGCGUUUAAACCUCCGUACUUGCUUUUCCGAUUAUACCAAUGCUCGUUUUAACAUCUACGAUCGAAGUGGGAAAAUCUUCCCGACUGGACUCGCUGCUGACUCGUAUAAGAAAGCAGUCGACUCAGCGAUUCUGAAUUUAAAGAGAUUAGAAACUCAAUGUGCCGAUAAAAUCAGCGAAGAAGCUCCUUCGUCACCGAAAACGCCAAUAGAACUCGCCAUUGACUUUAUCCUCCAUGAUUUCGAGAUGGCAGAGGUUGAACCAAUAUCGACUUAUGUGGAUUUCGGUGAAAGGGAGUUCUUGGUUGCUGAUGAAAGAGGUUACGAAUCUUUACUCUAUAAAAUGGCUGAAGAUUUUCUCUUUACCUCUGAUGGAAUUAUCUUGGACAAUCGACUCAAAUUAAACAAGGUGGUUAGGGAGAUAGAACAGUCGAGGAAUGGGGUCAUGGUGAAGACAGAGGAUGGUUCUGUAUACGAAGCCAAUUAUGUAAUCGUAUCCGCGAGUAUCGGUGUUCUCCAAUCCAAUCUUCUAUCUUUCCAGCCCCCUUUACCAAGGUGGAAAACAGAGGCUAUACAAAACUGUGAUGUGAUGGUGUACACAAAGAUCUUCCUCAAAUUCCCUCAUUGUUUCUGGCCAUGUGGUCCUGGUCAGGAGUUUUUCAUCUAUGCACACGAACAACGCGGCUACUUCACCUUUUGGCAGCACAUGGAAAAUGCGUACCCGGGGUCUAAUAUUCUGGUCGUGACAUUGACCAAUGAAGAGUCAAAGCGCGUGGAAGCUCAAUCAGACGAGGAGACACUGGAAGAGGCAAUGUGUGUUCUCAGGGACAUGUUUGGUCCUACCAUUCCUUACGCCACGGACAUUCUUGUCCCUAGAUGGUGGAACAAUCGGUUUCAACGCGGUAGCUACAGCAAUUACCCUAUGAUCUCUGAUAAUCAGCUUCAGCAGAACAUCAAGGCCCCAACUGGACGGAUAUUCUUCACAGGAGAACACACAAGUGAGAAAUUCAGUGGGUAUGUGCAUGGAGGAUACCUUGCUGGUAUGGAGACAAGUAAAUCUUUGUUGGAAGAGAUGAAGCAGAGUUUGUUGUUACAACCUUUACUCGACUUCACCGAGUCUCUAACACUAACACACAAGAACCCUAACCCUCAAAUCUACUCCAAUGUCAUUUCUCCUACCAAUUUUAUCUCAGGCAGAAGUUAG